UGACACAGCACGCACACAGCAGCUCUUUAUAAAAUUCCGUCUCUUGGGAAUUUCAUCGGCCGGUAUUCUGUCGCAGGCAAGACCUGCUUGCUUCGCCUCGCCCAUGAAAAAGCAUAGCAACACAGCUGCUCCUGCGUUAGCUUCUUCUCCUCCGCUGCUUUUCGUUCUAACCGAAUUCCAGUACCCAAGCAAGAAGAACAGGCAUGCCGGCUGCUAACCUCCUCAAUCUCUCUCCUUCACUCUCAUUCCCCGAUAAUGCCUUGCGGAGAGGACUCGCCGCCAAACCCUACAACAAAUCCUCCCUUUCCGCUCGCUUUAUUAGAUCGUCCAUGUCGAUCCCCCCCGCCGCCGCGGCGGUGGUGGCGGAUCAGUCGAAGUCGAUACCGGCGCAGCUGCGGGUGAAUAUUUAUUCGGAGUCGUUGCCGUUCAUCCAGAAGUUCAGGGGGAAGACGAUCGUGGUCAAGUACGGAGGGGCGGCUAUGAAAUCGGAGUCGCUCCAAUCGUCGGUGAUCACGGACCUGGUCCUGCUCUCUUGCGUAGGGCUUCGGAUCGUUUUCGUCCAUGGAGGCGGGCCCGAGAUAAACCAGUGGUUGGGCCGGCUUGGGAUUGAGCCCAAUUUCCUCAACGGCCUGCGUGUCACCGACGCCUCCACCAUGGAGAUUGUGUCCAUGGUUUUGGUCGGCAAGGUCAACAAGCAUCUCGUCUCUCUCAUCAACAAGGCCGGUGCCACCGCCGUCGGCCUCUCCGGCAUCGAUGGCCGCCUCCUCACAGCCCGGCCCUCUCCCAACUCGGCUCAGUUAGGGUUCGUCGGCGAGGUUGCCAGCGUGGAUCCUUCUGUCCUUCGCCCCCUCAUCGAGAACAAUCACAUCCCGGUCAUUGCCUCUGUGGCAGCCGACGGCGCGGGGCAGUCGUACAACAUCAAUGCUGACACGGUGGCCGGGGAGUUGGCGGCCGCUUUGGGGGCGGAGAAGCUGAUUCUGUUGACAGAUGUGGCUGGAAUUCUCGAGAAUAGGGAUGACCCGGGCAGUUUAGUGAAGCGGAUUGACAUCAAAGGGGUGAAGACGAUGAUGGAGGAUGGGAAAAUUGCCGGAGGAAUGAUACCUAAGGUGAACUGCUGUGUUAGAUCAAUUGCUCAAGGGGUUCGUACUGCGAGUAUAAUUGAUGGGCGCCUACCCCAUUCAUUACUGCUUGAGAUUCUUACUGACCAAGGUGCUGGAACAAUGAUCGCAGGGUAAAAAGAAAGAAAAACAAUGGUGCCAAACCUAAGUUAAAUAUGAUCGAAAGCAACUAAAGGCUAUUAAUUUGAUGGCAUUGAUGUCAAAGAAUUUGGUAUCUGUGUCUGUAUGUUUAUUAUUGCUAUUUAACUCUGUGUUAGAUCUUUGGUUUACUCCAAAUCAGUGCUAUUGUCUGUUACUCUUGUUUACCUGCUGUGUUAUGAAAUAACUAAUAUAGUGUUUCUGCA